UCCCCUCAACUGUUGCGUUAUUCCUCUGACAAUGAAGCAUCUGGCAUGAAGCAGCCCCACGAUCCUGCACACUGGCCGUGUGCCGCAAUAUUUCCGUGACGCCACUCCUCCGGUUUCCGCGCUGCCGCUGCACGCUCCGACCACCUCCGACCCUCAUCGAAAUCGGUGCAGAAUCGUGACGGAAUUCAGGGGUUUUCUGAUGUGCAAUUGGCGAAAUGAGGUACGCCUGAUGUUGGGGUUUACGCAAUUUUCUUUUCUUGUGGGUGGAGCUGCGUUUAUGUAGAUGAAUAGCUCCCACGAUAGGAACCAUGAGGUUUCAGGAUUGGGUGCGAGGACGUGAGAGUCUCCAGGGAGUUUUGAGAUUUGAAGGAUUCCUGAGCAGUAGAGAUUUGAAGAGAUGUUUGCAUUAGGGCUGAAAGGGGAGGGGUGGAUAGGAAUUGGAUUUCUGCACCUCAUGCGAGAUUUGUUCUUCGUUCCUCCUGAGAAUUUUCCAAGCGUUUCCCAUGGAGCGGCCAAUUUGACCCUUGUAGUUGAGGCUGGUGAUCUUUGAGAAAUAGGGUAUAGUCCUAAACUACAGGCGGCACAGGUUGGGCUCAAUCUGAGGAAUCAUGGCAGCUCCUCUUCAGUAUAAUCAAUGGGCUCCGCUGCUGCCGCAGCCCAACGUAGCUCACGAUGAGGUGAGAACUAUAUUCGUCUUGGGAUUCCCUUCUGAUGUUAAGGAGCGGGAGCUACAAAACCUUUUGCGGUGGUGGCCAGGGUAUGAAGCGUCGCAAAUGAAUUUUAAAUGUGACCAACCUAUGGGUUUUGCGCUUUUUUCUACAGUUGCUAUGGCCAUGGCUGCACGCGAUGCCCUUCAGAACUUGGUUUUUGAUGCGGAUACAAAUUCUGUUUUACGAGCUGAAAUGGCUAAGAAGAAUUUGUUUGUGAAGAGAGGAGAUCCUUGCAUAAGCUUUGAUGGAAGUAAGCGCAUGCGCACUGGGGGUGGUGAUUAUUCUCCAGCACCCUAUUCUGCACCAUAUCCUUCUACAUAUCUUACUCAACCAAUGACUAGUCCAACACCUGCAUGGGCCCCUCAAACUUAUGGAUUGCCACAACCACAAUAUGAUCAAUAUGGUGCCUAUGUAGCACCACAACCUUUGCCAAUAACACCAUCAGGCUAUGCUCCAGUACAGAACACAAAAGACAAUCCACCCUGCAACACAUUGUUUAUAGGGAAUUUAGGAGAGGCUGUCAAUGAAAUUGAGUUGCGAGCACUAUUUAGUGGGCAAUUGGGUUUUAGACAAAUGAAAGUUUUACGACAAGGCAAAAAUAUUGUUUGCUUCAUUGAAUUUUUGGAUGUAAAUAGUGCAAUGUUAGUACAUACAAACUUGCAAGGUGCUGUUCUUUCAACCUCAGAUAGAGGUGGCAUGAGAAUACAAUUCUCGAAGAAUCCAUAUGGAAGAAAAAGAGAAGGUGGAGGUAAUACACACUAUGACUUAGGUGUAACAACUCCAAGUGUAGAAGUGAAUGGAAGUGUAGAAUAUAUGGUGCCUUCUGUAUAAUUUAUUGUUCCUCACGAGCAAGCAAUAGUCUAACUAAAGAUGUGGCAAUUGAUAUACUUUUAUUUGAUUGUUCUUCCAAGAUUGUGAUAUACUUUUAUUUCUAAAAUUUUAAUCAUGGUUUUUUAAUUGCAACUUCUUU